AUGCAGGCGCAAACCCUUCACGCCCGUGCGAAUGAUACAUCCGUUCAAGGAACAUCCAUGCUUCAAGUGGCCCAAAUACAGGGUUUGCCUGUUCCGUCAAACAGGCUGUCAAAUUGUAAAGUAAUCGACAUUCUCAAGUGCCCUUAUGCUACGGACAGUUGUAUGGACCAAGAUUACCGGGGAAUUCUGCCUGUACACCGAAAAUUAGUCCUUGAAAACGAACGUUGUGAAUUUGGAGCCUACGAGAUGGGUGGAACACUUGGAGCGCAUGAGUAUCGAGAACCGGAGAGUGUACGUUGA